GGAAGCUUGAAAUCUAGCAACACUGCUCUAUGGGUGCAAUAUUGCAUUAUCUAUAUGCACCGAACGAAUGAAAUGUAGCAGUUUACAGGUGUUAAAUAAAAAGAUACUUCCGUUUUGUAUACAAAGUGGCGCGCGCAUUUAUCAAGAUCAAUAACUAAUACUUUGUCGAGGGUGCUGUGCAGUGUGCAGGUCUCCCCUGAAAUUUCCAGAAAAUUGAUAUUCAACAGUGAUUGGGCUGAAAUCGUGUUCUCUUUGGCACAGGAAAAAUGAGCGUGACAAGUAGGGCUCAAGCCCUAAUACCACCACUGCAGCCGCCAUCGCCGCAGCCUGAGCUGGCAGAGGAGCCGAUAGAGAGCACGUUAAUGGUCCCGCCGUCAUCACCGCUGCUAGAAUCGCAAUUACAAUUCCUUGCUGCUCUCCACGCAGCGCAGCUAGUAUGGUUUACGCAACCGCCACCACCUCCGCCUCCUGAAUCGGAGCAAACGACUCCAGUAGUUCAGCUCGAUUUGUCUGACGAAGACGAAGAGAUGCCUGAACAUGAAGAGCAGACUGUAAUACAGCAUCAGCUGGUUCCCCAGUUUGAAGACCAGCAGUCUCAAUUGAAGCCGGAAAAUUGGGAGCAGCAAAAACAACGGAAAGAACUGCUUGUGGAACCGAAUGCGGAAGUGACUGAAGUUCUGUCCGUAGAGUCUAAUUCGGAAGCGACUGCAGGACUAUCCAUGGAACCGCUUGCAGAAGUUACUGCGGAACCGCCUGCAUACGUUUCUGCAGAACCGCCUGCAUACGAUUCUCCGGAAUUAAUUGUUGAAGAUUCUAAGGAACCGCUUGCAUACGAUUCUGAGGAACUACCUGUAGAAGUUUCUGAUGAAUCGCCUGCAUAUGUUUCUGCGGAACCGCCUGCAUACGAUUCUCCGGAAUUAAUUGUGGACGAUUCUGAGGAACCGCUUGCAUACGAUUCUGAGGAACUACCUGUAGAAGUUUCUGAGGAAUCGCCUGCAUACGUUUCUGCAGAACCGCCUGCAUACGAUUCUCCGGAAUUAAUGGCUGACGAUUCUAAGGAACCGCUUGCAUACGAUUCUGAGGAACUACCUGUAGAAGUUUCUGAGGAAUCGCCUGCAUAUGUUUCUGCAGAACCGCCUGCAUACGAUUCUCUGGAAUUAAUUGUGGACGAUUCUGAGGAACUGCUUGCAUACGAUUCUGAGGAACUACCUGUAGAAGUUUCUGAGGAAUCGCCUGCAUAUGUUUCUGCAGAACCGCCUGCAUACGAUUCUCCGGAAUUGAUGGCUGACGAUUCUGAGGAAAAACUUGCAUAUGAUUCUGCGGAAAUAAAUGCAGACGUUUCUGCGGAAGUAAUUGCAGACGAUUCUGAGGAACUACCUGUAGACGUUUCUGAGGAAUCGUCUGCAUAUGUUUCUGUGGAACCGCCUGCAUACGAUUCUCCGGAAUUAAUGGCAGACGAUUCUGAGGAAAAGCUUGCAUACGAUUCUGCGGAACUAAAUGCAGACGCUUCUGCAGAAGUCAUUGCAGACGAUUCUGAGGAACUACCUGCAGACGUUUCCGAGGAAUCGCAUGCAUAUGUUUCUGCGGAACCGCCUGCAUACUUUUCAGUGGAAUUAAUUGCUGACGAUUCUGAAGAACCGCUUGCGUACGAUUCUGCGGAACUACCUGUAGACGUUUCCGUGAAACCGCCUGCAUACGAUUCUCCGGAUCUAAUUGCUGACGAUUCUGUGGAACUGAUUGCAGACAAUUCUGCGGAACUAAUUACAGACGAUUCUGAGAAACCGCUUGCAUACGAUUCUGCGGAACUACCUGUAGACGUUUCUGAGGAAUCACCUGCAUAUGUUCCUGCGGAACCGCCUGUAGACUUUUCCGUGGAACCACCUGCAGAAGUUCCCACGGAACAAGAUGAAUACGUUUCUGCGGUACCAUCCGCAGUUAUUUCUGCGGAUCCGUCUGCGGAUGUUUUUGCGGAAACGCCUGCAGAAGGUUCUGCGGAAUCGCUUGCAUACGUUUCUGCGGGACCGCCGACAGACGCUUCUGAGGAAUCGCAUGCAGAGGAUUCUGCGGAACCACCUUCAGCACCACCCGCUGGAUCGCCUGAGGAACCGACGGCAUCACUGCCUAUGGAACUGUCUGCAUUAUCAGCCGCGGACCCACAAGCAUCACCGCCCGUAGAACCACCUGCAUCAGAACUAGCGGUACCUACCGGUGAACUGAUUGCAUCAAAUCCCGAAGUACGACCUACUUCACCAACUGAGGAAUCGCCAGCAUCACCGCCCGCGGAAGCACAAGCAUCAGAGCCCGCUGAACCGCAGGCAUCAGCGCAUGAUGAUGAACAAGCCGAAUUAGCUUCGCCAUCUAUUGUACCGCUAAGUCCGCCGCUUUUUAUUGAAGAGCAGCGACUUGAUCUGGCAAAUGCAGGUGCAAAAUUGAAGCCAUCUCAAAUAGUACCACUGCUUCCUCCAGAGCAGCGCCCUAAAAUAACUAGUCCGUUAGCAGGACCGUCACGUCCUCCUCAGUGGUCUCCGUCAUAUUAUAUGCAAAAGCGCCGACCUGGACUAUUGUCGUCAGAAGCUAGACAGUUGGCGAUAGCACUUCAGGCCGUACCUGAAGAGCCACUUAUGCUUGAUGUGGCGCCUCCGCUGCCUCUUGAACCAGCGCCACAAUUACCACCAUUGCCGCUUGGGCCUCCGCCACCAUUACCACCAUUGCCAUAUGGGCCACCGCCGCCAUUGCCACCUUUGCCGCGUGAACCAGCGCCAGCUUUGGUAGCGAUACCCUUGCCGCUGGAAGAAGACAUACCUUUGCCUCCAGGAGAAGCGCCACCCUCCCUGCGGGUCAUAGUGCUGCCGCCGGGGCAAGCUGCGAACGAACGACAAGGUUCUGACCCUACAGGUCCAUACCGCAGAGCGUUCUGCAUGCACCCUCCGCUAUCCCCGUCCUUGCAGCCGAGGCCCGCAGAGCGUUCAUCGCCGCAACCUGAGCCUUCCACCAGUUCCGAACCAACUGCGUAUUACGCCGCUUUGCUGCGUCCACUUGGGCCUAGAAAGGUUGCUGAGAAAAGAGCUGCAGAUUCGACUACUGAUUCUCCAGCUAAGAUGCGUUGCCUGGCGACGGAUAGAGACGAUCCGCGAUGCUCUCCGGAAUGCUUCCGUUGCAUGCGCCGUGUUUUGAGGAAUGCUAUCUACAGACCUAAUGGAGCGCCGAGAGAUGGAGAUAACCGAGCUUUUAUUCGAUUUGGCCAUUUCAUGCUAUUCAUCGUUGCUGAUCGUAAUACAUACCGCGAAUUAGCUGAUAAUAACAUUGAAUUAGUUUAAGUCACUUAUCUAAUUAUUAUGUAACUACACAUAUUCAAUAAAGUUUUCUUCUGGUCCGCCUU